AUGGAUUAAAGCGCAUUCUUAUACGAUAAUUUACCCCAACCUUUAGAGAAUAAUGACCUGAAUUCAGAAGAAUGUCAUCAAUACCUGUCUAAAUUGAAUUUAAAUAAAACCUUAUUUAGAAUUCAUAGUCCUGAACCUUCCAUUCAAGAUGAUUACUUUGAAAAUGAAAUUGACUAAUCUUUUGAUGUAGAUUGCAUGUAUGUAAAUGAUAAGAAUAAAUGUGAUUCUGAUGAAGAUGGAAACAUUUAAUGUUCUAAAAAGAUUUAAAAAGCCAGAAAGUUAAAAAAGAAGAGUCAUAACAGAAGAGGACCUCUCUCUGAGAAGGAAUUUAUAGAUAUAAUCAAAAAAUUGGAAUAGUGCCAGUAAGUUAUGAAUAUGAUUGACAAUAUGACCCAGAUAUUAAAAGGAUUUAAGCACUAGUUAUAGAAACAAAGGACUCCAAGUCUUAACUGA